AUGGCAUCCAACCUGGGUGCCGACAGGCUCAUCUACUUCACCGCAGGCGUGUCGCUGGUGUUUAUGAUGUACUCCGUCGUCCGCCACGCUACUGCACUCUUUGACAGCGAGCCUCAAGAGUCGCGCAACAUUCUCGGCAUGGUCGAAGACAAGAUUAGCAUAGAUGCAUUGGCCAAAUUGGCCCGAUCGGAUAGUAUCGUCCUGCAAGGAAGUUCUGUCCGCAUCCUUCUAAGCCGGGCAAUGCAUGAUGCAAACCUCCGAUAUAUCCUCGACACUGUCGCAGAGUCUGACCUCGAAGAGGAGCGAUGGAAGGGCGUUACAACUCUUCAAUUGCUUACAAGAAGUGAAAGCAACCGGACCACGCUGGUCGAGUCUGGUGCGCUGGAGGUCCUCGUGGGUGUGCUGAAGGACCCCACGAAUAGGGAGAAAUCACACCGAUAUGCCGCAGUGUCAAUAUGCGAGCUCAUUUCAGGAUCAGAUACAAGGCGGAGGCAAGUUGUACAGUACGGAAUCUUGGAGCCGCUCACACGGUUUCUCGUCAAGGUCGAGCCUGCCAAUGAACUCCAGUACUGGUCGUUGAUGGUAGUCCACCAACUAACGGCGUGUGAGGGACUACAUGCGGAGCUGAUUCGUUUCGGCCUAGUCAGGACAUUGGCCGAGAUGUCACGACUUUCGUUCGGGAAUGCGAACAUGCCCAAGAUCUGUCUUCAGUCGCUGGUUCGAUUGAUCGUUAUCAUGGACGACGACGACGAUGUCCGGUGGUACCUGACCGAGCUCCUCGACUUUGACAUCGUGCCUCUUAUCGCCACAUACAUUCGCAGUGCUGCGUUUCAGCUUCAGGCGUUAAAUGUGGGCAUCGGUUUGCGGCUGCCAAAGUGUCUCGCAUCCAAGGACGACGAAGUCAAGUAUUGGGCGCUUAGUGUAGCACAUGAGUUUAUUCAACAUCCCCAGUGGCGCCACCAAUUCAUCGAGUCGAGAGCGUUUGCCCAAGUCAUCAACAUUGGACUCUUGAUAAUGUCCCGGAAACCGCUGAAGACAGCGACAGAGAUCCUACCGGCCAAGGAGUACAUCAUUGACAUCCUUGUCACGAUGUGGGGCUCUGGUAAGACUACAGUUUCUUUUAUGUACUAG